AUGCUCGUCGACAAUCCGCUCCAGGCGGGGUUUUCCCAUAAUCCUCUUUUCGACGAUUUCCUCAACCUUGAUCUCCUGAACGGGCCCUCGGCCGCUAGUUCGAGUGGCUCGUCGCCCCGCUCAGACUCGUCUCCGUCCAACUCGUUUUCCGCCCUCCCUCAAACCCCUCCGAACCCAUUCAUGUUUGAUAUGGGCUCUGCCGUUAACCCUCUUCUCAACUUUUCUCUCGACGAUGAUUUCUCCAAACUCGACCUCCCCGCUCCUCUCGCAGCACCCGGUUUCGAUUUCUUAAGCGCCUUUACAAGCGCCGCUGCUACCCAAAUGUGCAGUCCUGACUCUGGUUCCGGCUCGGGCUCGAGCAGUUCUUUAGGCAAUUCACCAGUUAGCAUAGAUCCACAGCUUGUUACGACGCCGUCACAGCCAAAGUCGGUGAGCGACUUUGGUGAUGAUGGGGAAAUGGACGACGAGGAUGCCGACCUUGAUGACCCUCUUGAUGGCGCGGGAAACGAAGCACAAGACGACGAUGUCUCCAUCGCCCCCGUCAAGGUGGGUGGCAGAGGCAAGGCCAACAGGAAAGGGACCGUACAAUCGGGGGGCGUAGUAAAGCGCGCGGGAGGCGAGAAAAAGGAGAACAAGGCUUCGAACAUGCUAGCUACGACUUCGAGCGAGGCCGACGAUUGGCGACCUAGUCCAGAGGAGUACAAGAAGAUGUCUAGCAAGGAGAAGCGACAAUUAAGGAAUAAGAUAAGCGCCAGAAAUUUCAGAGUCAGGCGAAAAGGUGUGCGUCUUUCGUUUUCUAGUGCCUUGUCAACCAUCAGAAGGCUAAUUCCGUUCUCUGCGUCAGAAUACAUUACCACUCUCGAAGGCGAUAUUGCUGAGCGCGAUCGCCUCAUUGAUGCUAUUCGUACCGAGCUUGGAAGUACUAAAUCCGAGAACGUUGCAUUGCGUCAAGAGAUCGCGACGCUGAAGAAGACGCUUCUCGAGGGUCGUGGCCGCUCUGAUACACCUAUUCUUCCCCCUCCUGCUCCUCUCCCCGCCAUCCCAGCUGCUGUCUUGGCCUCAUCGAACGCAAAUCCGACAACGCCCACACAAGCAAAGAGUACUUUGCCUACCCCAAAUACACAGAAAGAUUUACCGACGUCUCCCCGCAUUGGAGCCCGUGGCUUUUGGGGUGGUGCUGCCAAUACAGGCUUGGGAGGAUUUGGCUUUACGCCAGUUCAUACGACACUGGUACCGGAGUGGGGCAGCGUGUUCGCCGGCAAGCCUCUUGCGGGCGCGACGGUGGGCAGGAGGAGCCCAUCCCUGCAGGAGAACAUCAACCCUCUACUCAACGCCGCUUCUCCAGACAGAGCGAAGGAGCAACAACAACAACAAUGGGGUGUUUUGGAGUCAUUCUUGGAUUCCAAUCCUUUCACAAUGAAGACCCUGGACCCAUACCGCAUGCAACUCUGGCGCAAUAUGGCUGCCCAACAACAUCUCCGCCAACAACAAGCGCAACAAGCCUCGGGUGCGAGCCCAAGUCCGAGCCCAUUGUCCAGUCCGACCGGUCUUGCCAGCGGCUUGCGCCCCCACUACUUCGCCAAGCAAGCACCUGUCCUUUCUACACUUCUCUCUGGCAAGUCUGCUGCCAGCUCCUACCCCACGCCUCCCAAUUCUCCCCCUCUCGGAUCUUCUGCGAUCAAUGCUACGGCUAGCAAGAGUCACCCGAUGCCGACACCCGAGCAAGCUAUUCUCGCGUCGAUGGCUUCGCAGACGCUCGUUCGCAAGCUCGGCUCUGCGUUCUGGGACGCAUUCGCUGCUCGUCCCGCGGGUGUCCCCGCCAAUGGCCGACGCGCCCCGCAAGAGUUGGACGCGGAGAAAGUGCGGCGGAUCAUGGAAGGCAGCGCGGUUUUGCGCGUUGUGGACGUCGAGCCUCAGUCGCAAACUCAGCCUGCAAUCAAUGUUGCGCAACAGGCGUCGAAUAUGCGGCCACCACAGACCCAGACGUCACAAGCGAAGAAGUGCCAUAUGAACAUCUCGGAUAUUUUGGAGGAGUCGAUGCGCUCCCUCAGUCUAGGGAAGAAGUAA